AUGAAUGUGAAUGGGCUUAAGAGUGAGACACUGAAGGUGAAGACAAACAAGAACAGGGAUGGAAAUAUGCAGGAGGAGGAGAAGGAUGAGACGGAGUUGGUUGGGUUUGAAGAAAAGGAGAAUAGAGGUGAGAACGAGAAGAAGAACGGAGAGGGCUUGGUGAAUGUGGACUUGAAGAAGGAGGUAGAAGUAGAGUUGGAGGCCAGGGCGGAGGUGGAGGCGGAAGUAGAGGAAAGGAAGAAGUAG